AUGUAUUAUUACUCUAAUAAGUUAAUUCCCAAUGUAGAAUUUUUGGGAAAUGUUUGUAACAACUUUAUAUAUCGCAAUUACAGGUUUUACUCAACCUUCUUGUACAAUAGUUACAUUAAUAAAAUAAAAUGUAGACUUUAUAAAUCGCAGCAUCACUAUAAUAAUAAACUCAGUCCUAGAAAACUAAAUACAUGGAACAACAAUUCUUUAAACGAUGUUACUGUCAAUAGGGAUACAAACUCGCCUAACAACAGCUCCUAUAAUGAACUGUGCAAUCAUAGCAAUUCAUAUAGAGACAGCUAUGAGCGAGAAAACACAAACAAACAACUCGGUGAUAUAGAUAAAGUGUUGGCAAUGAUUAAAACUGGAAAUGUGAAGGAAAUAGAUGAAUACAUGUUUGAAUCAAUUGAUAAAAACAUCCUGACCAAUUUGGAUAAAUUUACCAUUUCAGACAUCAACAACCUGUUACACACAUCAUUGAAGGUGUUUUAUAGCCAGAAUUUAAUAGAAGCGCUGAUUUUGAAGCUAAAAUGUACACACCCCUCAGAGAUACCACUGGCAACACUGGCGUUGGUUUUCCAGAGCCUAGGACGAGUUCUACCAUGCGAUUUUCACAUAGAACGCAUAGAAAAGUUCCUACAGGAAACCUGUGACCACAUAUUGAACGUCGAUGUUUUGGCAGAGUCGCACUUCUCAUCAAUAGUGUACGGAUUCCAAAGACUACAUUACAACAACCACGAUUUCCUGAGGAAAAUAGUUAAGAGGUACGAGGAGAAUAUGACGAAUUUCAAUGUAAACUCAGUAACGAUCUCGAUAAGCUCGCUGGUUAAGUUGAACUACUACAACGUGAACAUUAUCAUGAGAAUAUAUAAGCACAUAUACAAAUCUAUGAGUCACAUGAAUCUGCAGACGUCAAUACAACUGUCAACGACUAUUUAUAAAGUACAUGAGCACUAUUUUAAAGAUAGUAUGCAGAGAAGUGGGAAAGCGGAAGAAGACGAGGAGGUUGUCGACGGGAAGAUGAAGGAAAGUUUAAACAAAAUCAGCUAUAGGUUACUUAACAACAUAUUGAAGAACGUCUGCGAACAGCAUCUUAAGGAGUUGAGCCUGUUUCAAAUAUGCCUACUGCUGGAUUCAAUAAACAGGAUGAAUUAUAGGAAAAUCACAUACCUCUCAAAAUUGAUACAGUGUAUCCCAUCGCACGGCAGCAAUAUGAUAAAUCCAACGAGUAUCGUGCAGAGGAAUCUGUAUAGUUACAUGGAGAUGCCGGAGUGCCCGUUUAACUAUAACAUGACGCUUAAGAAGUUACAAAGCGUGGACCCGUGUCAUCUGAUUCUGAUAUCGCAUUCAAUAUUUGGGCUUGACUACUACAACGAAUACACCUUGAACCUGUUGUUGGUAAUCAAGGAGAUAGUAAAUCCAAUAUUGCACGAGUUGAAGGCAAGGCACAUACUAUUGUACACACUCUCAUACAUUAACAUAUAUUUUACAAACUAUCAACUACAGAGAAUUCAACUGGGUAGUGCGAGUAAAACAGUUAGUAGAAACUACGUUAAGUUGAUACUGAAGUCAUUAGAGAGCGAUAGCCUUAAAACUAACUGGUUCAACAAAAAACACUUGAUUAAUAGUGGCACAGAAGGAAAUGAAGAAGGUGGAGAAGAUGACACGGAUGAAGAUGCGAAAUUGCUAAAGCAACUUAGGGAUAGAAUAAGUGCGUGUGAGUGGAAGGAAGAGUUGGUGCUGAGCUCCUUUGAAAGCCUGCUGCGACACUAUAACUAUGUCAAGUCAAGCCAGUCAAUGUUGAGCCUGUUUAAGCUGUUGUUCCUGUCACUGAUACACGACGUGUACAUACCGAGUUACACCCAAUACUUCAACCUGGCUACUUUAAACAACCCUGAUGAAAGUAAAGCGGUUGAAAUCUUAAACGCCUUUGAUACUGAUGCUAUUGCCGAAGGUGCCACUACCAGUGACGUUGGUGCCAGAGAGGGAAAGGUUAAUGUGGUUAUGGAUGGAGAAGUGGGAAAAAAUAGAAUACCUGCCAUAAUGCCAGAAAACAUAAUAGAAAAGCUAUAUGAACUAUACAAGUCUCCAACAACGGAGGAUGAGAAGAUAAUUAGACUGGACGGAAGAUGUAUGUGUGUAGAUAGAAGAAUCCAGUGCUUUAAAGUGGACAUUGUAAUAUAUAAUGUAUGA